AUGGAAGAUCAACGCAAUACGCUUAUAGCUCGGGUUAAUAUUCAUUUCAGACUGUGUCCAAAUCGUUUGAUGCAGGAGAAUGUUAUGGGGGAAAAAGCAAUUUAUUAUUAUGUACCAAAAAAAAUAUUCCAUGCACAAGAACAAUUUUUAAAUUCGGAAAUUGUUAGUGUUUGUUCUGAUCAAUAUUAUUUCUCAUCGUUGGUAUGGAAUAUUCAGACUCCUUGGGAAAAUUCGAUGGUAUUCAGCUUCCUUGGUUUAAUAAUUACCGAAUUAGUUCCUGUUAUUUCCAUUUUUUAUUGUUUUAACCCAAAAUCAAUUAAAAAACCAAGAAUACAAAAUGAAAAAGUAAAAGAUUUAAAUAAUAUCAAAAUUAAAAAAAGAAAAGGAAUAAUUUAG